AUGAUGCCAGCGUCAACCAAACUGGUGAGGCCUUCUGUGAUAGCGACGAAGAUGUUGGAGAAAACCGGCGGGUACGUGUUGCCCCACCCCGUGGUGGCUGUGCGUACCGUUAAUUUGCCGUGCGGUGGUGUGGUGGUGGCCGCAGGCGGUGGUGUUGUCUCCGUGGGCCUUUUGUCGACGGUCCUGCGGCCGCUGGCGAUGCAGGGCGGUGUGACUGUUGAUGCCGCCUCUGCGGUGGCUCCCUCCGCGGUGGCGGGGAACCUCGUGCUCACGAGUGGCUUUGUGACCUGCAUGACUGUGGUGCCACUGCCGGACGCUGGUGCGGCGCUGGGCGUUGUGGGGACAAGUCAUGGAUCACUGUGUUUCUUCGUUGUUGAAAGCCGAGUUGGGGGCAACCAGCCCGCGCUUUUCAAAGUUUGUGAGACACCCCUCCGCGCGUACUCGGAUGGGCUAAUCUCAGUGGAGGACCCGGUGACGGACGUCUGCGUUGGCUUCGACCCUGCGGGGCGCCCGGAGUUUGUUGCGGCGGCUUCCGCGACGUGUGUGGCGUUGGUUGACACGCAGUGCUUUGAUGAGCAGCUAAAGGCGAAGGCGACGGAGGCGGUGGCGCAGGCGUUUACUAAACAUUACUCUCCGCAUGUGGGACGCCCGACAAGCGAACCGUUUUGCGCUUCGUUUGCGGCAGCAGAGGUGGUGCGUUUGCUGGUGCCAGAGCGCUACCACGCGGCCUUCACGAUGGAUGUGGCGCUUGUUGUCGUGCUGGACAGCGGUGAGGUGCGCUACGUCGCACGCAGUGUGGUGGGGGGCUCGGUGCAGCUGCUGCUGGAGCAUCACCUGCAGCGGCAGGCGCGACAGAGCGAGGUGGGGCUCUCCAUGUUGGCAGGCGACGACCCGCUGCGUGGGGGGCCACGGGCACUUCCACACGUGCUGUACGCAUACACUCUUUCGGCAGUUGUGCACAACGUCUGUGCGGCGGCGGUGGCGCAGGGCUCACGCGCGGUCAGCGACAUUGUCGUGAAUGAUGCUGCGCUUUGCUACGACGCUGCUGCUCAUCAAAUGCGGCUCAUUGUCGCUGGCACAGAGACUCACUCCGUUGAGCGACCGGGCCAACCCUGCACCACGUCGGGGUGGUGGGCGAUUGCGUUCAAUGCCGUGUGUCCUCGCGAUACACUGCAGCAGGCCCGGGCACUGACGGUGUCCAGCUUCGCCGCCCUCAAUUCAAGCUCCCUGCCACGCGAUCGUUGCGGUUUAGCGGCAGUGCUGGCGCUCUCUGAUGGCCAGCUUCUGUUUGCCUGCGGCAACGAGCUGCACGUCUGCACCGCCGCCGGGGAGCUGAUGAGCGGUGGUCAUGGCUCCCUGCGACAUGUGUACACAACCGGAUCUGUCGUCAGCAGCAUGGCAGCCGCACAAUCUCAGAAAAGUGGUAAUUCCACCGUCGUGGUUGCAUGUGGCGCAUCGCUUGCCCUUUUCCACAUUUGA